ACGCCGCGUCCCCCCUCCGCAGUGGACUCUACCGGGUCCCGGUUCCCGCGAGAUUUUCCCACUGGCCGCUGGGGCUGUGCGCGGGCCCGAGGGGUCGGGGUUCCAGACUGCGUGGAUAGGGUCUUGCGGUUUCAGAAAGCGCUUUCGCUUUCCGGGCGCCUUCAGGUCAGGGAGGAGACCCCUGCCCCCUCCCCACCUCCGCGCCUAGUCCCCCAGGCCUGUCGGGGCUGCAUCCGUUUGGCCUCGGCCCUCAUGGCCACGAAACUGGUGGUGGUUUUCGGAGCCACAGGUGCCCAAGGGGGCUCAGUGGCCCGUACACUCCUAGAAGAUGGAACGUUCAGGGUUCGAGUAGUGACCCGGGACCCUGGGCAGAAGGCAGCAAAGGAGCUGAGGCUGCAAGGUGCAGAAGUAGUACAGGGAGACCAGAAUGACGGGGCCAGCAUGGAGAAGGCCCUGACUGGAGCUCACGCUGCUUUCAUUGUGACAAACUACUGGGAGAACUGUAGCCAGGAGCAGGAGAUCAAGCAGGGAAAGCUGCUGGCUGAUCUGGCCAAGCGCCUGGGCCUCCACUACGUGGUCUACAGUGGCUUGGAGAACAUCAAGAAGCUGACGGCUGGGAGGCUGACAGCUGGCCACUUUGACGGCAAAGGGGAAGUGGAGGAGUAUUUCCGAGACAUCGGCAUUCCCAUGACCAGUGUGCGGCUGCCCUGCUAUUUUGAGAACCUCCUUUCCUUCUUUCUGCCCCAGAGAGCUCCAGAUGGAAAAAGCUACUUGCUGAACUUGCCUAUGGGUGAUGUGCCCAUGGAUGGCAUGGCUGUGAGCGACCUGGGUCCUGUGGUGCUCAGCCUGCUGAAGAUGCCAGAAGAGUACGUGGGACAGAACAUUGGGCUCAGCACCUGCAAGCACACUGCAGAGGAGUAUGCUGCACUGCUCACUAAGCACACCGGCAAGGCUGUGCUCAACACCAAGAUAACUGCUGAGGACUAUGAGAAGCUUGACUUCCCUGGAGCCUGUGACCUGGCUAACAUGUUCCGUUUCUACACCCUGAAACCUGACCGCAACAUUGAGUUGACCCUGCGACUCAACCCCAAGGCCCAGACACUGGACGAGUGGCUGGAGCUGCACAAAGGGGACUUCACCCAGCUCUGACCUCCACUUUACAGCCCAAGCCAACGGAUAGGAGACCCAGAUGCACAAUCAUCCUUUCUUGUAUACAAAAACAUUUUUUUUUUUCCAAAUAAAGCCAUUGUUCUCCCAGAUGGCUUCUAAAAGAAAAGGGCUUUGUUUCUGUGGGUUGGGGUGGCAGCUCCUGGGACACUAACAGUACGAAAAUUCAAAAAGGCAUCAAAUGGCUGAAGCAGGUGCCCAGCCUCCUUCUGCCCUCGAUGAAGGGGCAAGAGGGUAGAGGGCAGGCUGAAGGGAUCAUUUGAUAAACAGCGAUGAUGUGUGUUCAGGCGUACUCAGAUAUGAAGUGGGAGUGUCCUCUCUCUGCUUGUCGGACAGUCAUGGUGAACCUUUUAGAUCUUUCAAUGAUAAACAGCCUGCUGCAGCAUCUGUGCCAUAGGUUCGCCACCACUGCUGUAGGAGCAGCUGUGACCAGCACCUGCGCCCUCUCACUGUACUUGGAUCCAUCCACAGACCAAGUACACAGCACAGAGUCAUCCAGCUGGCUGCCAGCAACACUUGACAUCCCUGUACCCCAUUCACUGCAAGAGCCAGUAAGGGAACCUGCACAUUUGUUGAACUGGGGAAAGACUCAGAACGGGGCAGAGGGGGAAAAUAAUCUCCCUUUCCCUCUCACCCUGUGCAUACACCCCAGGCCGUAUGUAGCCUUCGGAGCAGGUACGGAAAAAAUGAAUGGCACUGUGGAUGAGGCAGUGUGGCCUGUGGCAGGGGCUGUUUUGGGGGGUCAGCCCUUUAGCUCCACCCCUUAGAUGGUAUACAAUGGAGACCCAGAGAACACAAGUGUCUCCAUGAGAUUCUGUGGUGAGUAUAUGAAUAUUUAAUUUGCAUGGGUUUGUGUAACUGUCGUUACACCAUCUUUACUCCUGUACUCUGGCCUCCAACCCUUCCAGCAUGAAAAUGGUCCAGUAGUCCUAGCACAUUCCCUUUGUAAAUUAACUGAGGUAUUUCCUCAGCCCUAAUUUAUCAGUAAAAACAAAAGUUAUGCUCAAAAAAAUAAAAUAAUAAUUUAAAAAAAAGAACUUAUGCUCUCUGGCCCAACAAGCUUAUCUAGCGGGAAAGCCAGAUGGAAACAGGCAAUAAAGAGUUACAUGAUCUGGGCAUGGUGGGGUAUGCCUAUAAUUCCAGCUCAGGAGGCUGAGACAGGAGGAGCACUGCGAUUUUGAGGCCAGUUUGGGCUACACAGCAAAUUAGGUACAGCCUGAACUGCCUAAUGAGAUCUUGUUUAAAAAAAAAAAAAA